GACAGACAGACGCUGCAUCAAGAGCUCCUGUAUUCAGAGUCUAAGGACCACCAGAGGAGGAAACAAGAACAAUGGGUUAUGGAAACAUCAUGCGUGUUGAAACUACUGGAGCUUCAUGGGAAACAGCUCAGCAGGACCGGCUGGGCUACUCAGGUGUGAGAGCAUCACACACGAUGGCAGAGAUGGAUGCUGGCAGAAUGGAGAAAUACAGAUCAAAAAUCAAUGCAGUGGGAAGAGAAAAAGGUGUUGAACCAGCUCUCAUUGCUGCCAUCAUCUCCAGAGAGUCCAGGGCUGGAAACAUGCUUGUCAAUGGCAGGGGAGAUCAUGGCAAGGCCUGGGGACUGAUGCAGGUUGAUGACGACCCAGAAGGAGGUAAUCAUGAAGUUGAAGGCGACUGGGACAGCAAGGAACAUCUCUGCCAAGCCACCGGCAUCCUGAUUGGUUUUAUCAAUCGGAUCCGAGACAAAUUUCCCGGCUGGACCAGCGAGCAGCAGCUGAAAGGGGGGUUAGCAGCCUACAAUAUGGGGGAUGGAAACGUCCACUCCUAUCAGAACGUGGAUGAGAGAACCACAGGCAAAGACUACUCCAACGACGUUGUUGCCAGAGCUCAGUGGUACAAAACUAAAGGUGGCUUUUAACAACUGAAUCUGUCAAACAUGUCUGAGAAGUCAUGAAAGAAACAUCUAUAUAAUGUGUCAAUCUGAAUAAACAUAAUACAAAUCACAAA